AUGCGUCAAGGCAUUGCGGCGUCGCCACGGCGGGCACAGGAUGACGUUUUCCCGUGGGCGCACGGCCUGUCGCAAACGAUGCCCAAGUACCGUGCACUCGCGCGCAUGUCGCUUACACGCGACGAAGCUAUACCCAAAUCGCCCUCACCACGCUGCGACGCAAGACUGCAGCGCAGCCGCGAUACGUUUGCAGACAUCGAGCAAGUGUGGCGGGGCGCUACGGAUACCCCUACGGCGAAGCGCACAAAGCACACGGAUUCGCGGCAAACGACAUUGGAUAGUUUUGCAUUGUCUAUGGGAAUGCGAGACAAGCGUGGUUCACCCCAAAGCCCACCCCGGGGAUUGCCGCAGCGUCCACCCCCGAGCAGCCCACUUACCGCGAGCUCUGCAGAGAGCGUGCCGGAUGACGCGAGCGAUGGACUCGCCUCACCUGCGCGUGCGUUCUUUGAUGCGCUCGGCACCUCGCCCACACCACACUAG